AUGUUUGCUCUUAAAAGCCUCUCCAAGUACCUGUUCGGCGACAGCAGCAAAGAGAACAUCGUCGAGCUUCCUCAAGGCCAACUCUACAUUGUUCGACCGCUUUCACCCAAAGGCUACUCCGAACUCAUCUUCAAGGACGCAGCGGCCUUCAUCCGACGUACUGGACAGGAGUUCCAAUAUCAGCUUGUUAUUCAACGCGCCUACGAGGAAGGCGAGGCGGAACUUCUAGAGGAAGAGGAAGGAGGGGAGGGAGCAGGUGAAGGUGUCACUGACAGAGACGAAAAGACGUUUGUGCUUGACGAAGAGCUACAUUUCCGAACAGAUCUCAAGGAUACGGGAGAGUCGGUGCUGGCCUGGCGCGAUCUGAGUGGUGACCCAGGUGAUCUGGUUGAGUUCGUUUGCGAUCCUUCAACGAGACCAGAGGCGGUGACUUCGUUUGAGAUCGUUGCGGCGCAGUGCCAGUUCGAGCGCAAGUACCAUCGAAGCCACCAGGAAGCGACAGAGUCGGAUCUGCAAGAGUUCAACUUCGAAGAGGAACCAGCCAUACCACAAGCCAGCCCGCUCAGCAGCCCCACCCACCGAUCGCCUUCUUUCGCCAACUCAUCACCGCUCACGCAAUCUCUGAAUAACAUCCGUGACGACCGCGAGAUGGUGCGUGACUCUUCUAAGAAGCUGGCAGCGCCAACACUACAGAAGCAGAUCGAGAACACACCCACCAAAGCACCCCUUUCGCGCAAAGCUCCUGAAAGCCGUUCCGUCCUUGCCAACCAACGUGCUGAGCUUCAUCUCUUCGACUUCAACACCACCACUUUCUUACGGCAAGAUGACGCGGUUCAGGCUGUGGUCUCAGAGAUAGGCAACUGGAAGUACUGGCUACAGAUCACAGGUAGCAAGCAGCAAUGGCUGGGACAGGAAGUGGGAUCAGACAUGAAUCCGGUCUUCAACUUCGAAGAGCAGUGUCUGAUCUUCAAUCACUACUCUGACGAGGGCGCGGCAUACUCAUGGCUUCUGAGGUUCAAGGAGAGGGAAGAGUUGGAGGAGUUCCAGCAGGGUUUCAUGCAGGCGAUGUGGGAGCAUGCGAAUGAGAUGAAGUGGCAGAAGGCUGUGGAUCAAGACUAUGUGCUGGACGCAUUCAAUGAUUUGGUGCUGGAAGACAACGCUGAUGACAGGCGGGAGGCAGAGGCUGCAGAGGAGGAUGAAGAGGUGGAAGACUAUGAGGAUGCGAAUGACGGUCAGAGCGCUGAAGAAUACGACGAAGACGAAGAUGAGGAUGAGGUGAAGAUACUGGAUAAGGACGGCAAGGUCAAUAGUCAGCUGGCCGUCGGUGCCAAAGUGGACAGGUCCUUCGUGGUGCGCGGCGACAAGAUUGGCGUCUUCAAGCACACUCCCGACAACCAGCUCGAGUUCAGCACAAGCAUCAACAACGUCGCCACACCCGGCGGCAAGAACUUUGCCCCCAAGAAGAUGAUGCUGCACGCCGGUGACCGCGACAUGGUUCUCCAACGCGACAACGACCCCAACAGCCUCUACCGCCUCGAUCUCGAAACCGGCAAGGUCGUCGACGAGUGGAAAGUGCACGAAGACAUCCCCGUCAACGUCUACGCCCCACAAUCCAAAUUCGCCCAAACGACCGGCGAGCAGACCUUCCUCGGCCUCAGCAACAACGCCCUCUACCGCAUCGACCCCCGCCUCAGCGGCAACAAACUCGUCGACAGCGAACUCAAACAAUACGCCAGCAAAAACGACUUCUCCGCCGCCGCCACGACGGAACAAGGCUACAUCGCCGUUGCCUCCAACAAAGGCGACAUCCGCAUGUUCGACCGCCUGGGCAUCAACGCCAAAACCGCCCUCCCAGCCCUCGGCGACCCGAUCGUCGGCCUCGACGUCUCCGCCGACGGCCGCUGGCUCCUCGCCACGACCCGCACGUACCUCCUACUCAUCGACAACCUGCAAAAAGACGGCAAGAACGAAGGCAAACUCGGCUUCGAAAAAGCCUUCCCCAAAGACUCCAAACCCCAACCCCGCCGCCUCGCCCUCACACCCGCGCACGUCGCGCAGUUCCAGCACGAGACCGGCGCGCCCUUAUCCUUCACCACGGCGCACUUCAACACCGGCGAGAGCAAAGACGAAACCACCAUCAUCACGUCCACCGGCCCGUUCGUCGUCAUCUGGAACCUGGAAAAGACGCUCCAGGGCCGGAAGGACGCGUACCGGAUCCGCAGGUACGGGGAGGAGGUCAAGGCGGAUAAUUUCCGGUUCGGGAGUGAUAAGAAUAUCGUCGUCGCGCUGCCGCAUGAUUUGGAGAUGGUGAAGCGGGCGGCGUUGCAAAGGGUGACGAGGGAGAGUAUUUCGGCUGUGCCGGCGGCGCCGAGGACGCCGGCCAGGAAGGGGAGGGGGAGUUAUUUGAGUCGGAAUGAGGUUGUGAAUAGUCCGUACUGA